AAAGAAUAUGCCACGUUUGUUACGUUAGACAUGCCUGCGCGUGCUCGUGAUAAUCCUACGGCUGACAACGCUGUUUCGUACAUAUGUAGCAAGUUUUCGUGAUCCCUUUUGCGACUGCACGAACUUUGUAAAACAACGUUGCGCCGUAAUUAAAGUAACGAAAAGUUUCUCGAGCGAAGGUUUAACACGAACUGCACCGCAGUAACCGUCGAUUAACCCGCAUUGUCGCAUGCAUUCUGCUUGAAAAGUCUUGCACCGUUUAAAUUGAAAUUAGGAUACGAGGCUGCCUUCUUGCCUCGAGAAAUGGAAAAACAAUUGAGGCGAGGUGCGAUGCGUGAAACGAGACGAUCUAUUUUGGAAAGGGCGUUUCUGUAAAUAGCAUCGAAUUUCGGUUUCUUGUGAUCGGUCCCGCGUACGGAAUAAAAUUGACGGAUCGAAGUAUAAUGCAGGUCUGGCUCGACAUAUGAUCAAAUUAAAGCCAUGCGACGACAGUUCGUUUAGAAUAAUGCGAUACGCCGGUCAUGAACCUCAUCGAACGCAGCAACAAACGUCCUUUGAUGGUGGAGCGCGAGAUCGAAGCCGGUGAUACGAAGAAGAGUUACCCGAUAAACAACGAGAUCACCAGUGAAUCUGACUCCAGUGCCGAAGUGCGAUCAUGUAAAACAGUGUACAGAAACCGGUGCAAGAAACUCGUGGUAUCUGAUACUUCGUUUAACGUUCUUCCAUCUACCGAUUCGUCUAAGAAUGAUCGGGAGCCGAUUGCUUCUAAAUGUUUCGCUGAUAAAAGGGACGACAAAGCAGAUUUGUCGUUCGUGGAGACCGACGUUGAGUCGCGAAAGGAAGGAACUUCGAUCAAGGCGAAGAAAAAGAAAAAACGGAGAUACUUGACAAUAUGCACGAGUAAUUGCAAAUACGACGCGGUGAGACGAGUGGCGGCUCGUUUCGGGAUGAAAGAGGUUACCGAGGACAGCAGCUGGAACCUUUACUGGACAGACUUGAGCGUGAGCGUGGAACGAGCGAAAGAUAUGAAAAGAUAUCAGAAGGUCAAUCAUUUUCCAGGAAUGACAGAAAUCUGUAGAAAAGAUUUGCUUGCUCGUAACUUGAAUCGUAUGCUGAGGCUUUUUCCAAAGGACUACAAUUUCUUCCCCAAGACAUGGUGUUUCCCCGCAGACCACGGAGAGGCAAUAGCCUAUGCUAAAUUGAGACGCUCCAAAACUUUCAUCAUCAAGCCCGACACAGGCUGUCAAGGGCGCGGCAUUUAUUUGACAAAAAACUUAAAAGAUGUUAAACCCAGCGAGCGAAUGAUCUGCCAGGUUUACGUGGCUAGGCCCUUCCUGGUGGACGGCUACAAAUUCGAUCUUCGUAUCUACGCGUUGCUCACCUCGUGCGAUCCCCUUAGGAUUUACGUUUACAACGACGGUCUUGCGAGGUUCGCCACGAGCAGAUACAAGGAACCAACCGGUCACAAUACGUCCAACGUGUUUAUGCACCUAACGAAUUACGCUGUCAAUAAGCACAGCCGAAUGUACGUAAUCGACGAUGAAGUUGGUAGCAAAAGGAAAAUAUCCACUCUGAACAAGUGGUUUAAGAUGAAAGACGUCGACGUGGAUGAACUAUGGCGUAAGAUCGAUGAGAUUAUUAUAAAAACGAUUUUGGCAGCACAUCCUGUUCUGAAACACAGUUAUCACACGUGUUUUCCAACGCACGAUAAGACCUACGCGUGCUUCGAGCUACUGGGCUUUGAUGUGCUACUCGAUUGGAAGUUGAAACCAUAUCUUUUAGAGGUAAAUCACUCGCCGAGUUUUCAUACGGACGCACAGAUCGAUAAGGAUGUGAAGGAAGGUCUGCUGAUGAGUACGUUCGAAAUGUUAAAUUUGCAGCAAUGCGACAAGAAGAAAAUUAUUGAAGAAGAUAGAAAGCGAGUUAGGGAUAGAUUGCUUCAGGGAAUAAACACAAAGGACGGCAGUACGAAUGAUUCGACGGUCGGCACAACGAAGCUUGACAAACCGGAGGAAGACCUGCAGAAGCAAUUUAAAUGGGAGGACGAGCAUAUGGGCAAUUUCCGCAGAAUCUAUCCAUGUUGCGACAGUGAAAGGUACGAGCCAUUCUUUAAACAAAGCAGCAUUUCCGUGUACCAAGAUACCGCGGCAUCCAGAGCUCGGGAAGAAGCGUCGAGGAUUCAAAAGGAGGAAAACGAGAUGAAGAUAAAGGAACAAGAAAGCAAGAAGAUCUCUGGCAAAUGGAGCGAUUCGAAAUUGCAUUCGGAGAGUCCAAACGUAACGCAGAAGUCUACAACGACGCACGAUCAGGAUAGGAACAAGUGUGCGAAUGUAUCGAGAAGGAAUUCUUCCCAUUCGAAUACAAAGAAGCAGGCAGUUUCGGCUACUAAUACUUCACACUCGUUCGAGCCAGAGAUCAUCUGCGAAUCUGAGGAAAGAGAACGCGUUACGGCAUUGGCUCAACGAGAUUUCCUGAUCAAGAGUUACGGAAUGUUGGAGCAAAUCUAUAUGGCAAUGAAAAAGAACGGUACGUUGCGAGCUAUCGACGAGAAGAAGUACGGAUUGUAUGGAAAACUCGGGUAUGCGGAUAGUACGAGCAAGAGCGCGUCUAUUUGUAGGCACAAGUGUCAUCUUCAUCAGCAUUCUGGAAUGGAAACUAGAUACGAACCGUGGACGAGUCAGUCGCCGCAAUUUUGCCUGAAAGCAAGGUAAAGUGCCGGAUAAUAAUUUUCUAUUUACGAGUUUAAAAGAUAAGAAAUUGUUAUGUGCGAGGUGAGGUAUACGUUUGAGCGUCACGAGUACAAAGUACAAAAGCAGUUUCUUCGAAUUACAGAUUUCAAAGUAAUUUGUAACGAGGUGCCGGUUUAUAUUCGACCGAGGAUACCGGAGAAAUUUUGGAUGGAUAAUCUAAAUUCGAACGAUCAAAGCUGUCGAAUAACGAAGGCCCACGUGGCUCGUACCUUAUCGAAUAUC